AUGGCUUGCACCCGGCCACCCCGCCGUGUGUCCGCGCGCCGUGUGUCCGGGCGGGGUUUUUCUGGUGCUCCUCGUACGUCGGUCGACCGUCGCACGCAGGGCGUCUUGGCCUUGCUGGGCCAGGGACGCACCACCGGCCUCGUCUUGGACAGUGGCGAAGGCGUGACGCACUGCGUCCCGAUUUACGAUGGCUAUGGCCUCCCACACUGCAUCAAUCGCCUAGACCUGGCAGGGAGGGAGCUGAACACCUUGAUGUGCAAGCUCCUCGCGAUGGAGGGGAAGUGCCGCUUGACGACCACUGAACAGCAGUGCGCAGCACGGCAAAUGAAGGAAGACCUUUGUUACAUCGCCCAGGAUCCCUCCAGCGAGGUGGCGGAGUUCGCCGACUUCUCGCUGCCCAACUCGGGGCCCACGCUCCAGCGCCUCGGAGUUCGCGCUUCCGUGGCCGGGGGAAAGCGGUGGUGGGGCGCGAGGGAUCCGGUCGAGCUCAGCUUGGGGUUGCCAGCCCAGAAGGCCAAGAAGGCCAAGAAUGGAUUCCAGCCCGUGGCGGAAGUACUUUUGAGGCUGCAAGACGAGCGCUGGAAAUGCCCCGAGGCGCUGUUCAAUCCCUCGCUUGUGGGCCUUGAGUGCACCGGAGUUGCAGGAAUGGUUUGGGAUAGCAUCAGCAGAUGUGAGGUGGACAUCCGCAAGACGCUUCUGGGAAAUGUGGUCCUGUCCGGAGGUUGCACCAUGUUCCCAGGAUUUAGUGAACGUCUCACCAAGGAGCUGAAGAACUACGCGCCGGCGGCGGCGCAGUGCGACAUCCGGGUGCUCAAGAGCAAAGAUCAGAUCAGUUCCCCGGCCUCUGGGAGGGUGGUGCCGCGCGGUGCGUGUGUGAGAAAACACUCGGCCUCCAGGCCAGACCGUUGA